AUGGUGCCAACGCUCAACGACGAUGUAAUGCUCGAGAUUCUACAUUGGUUUGUUUCACUUGAUGAUCUCGGGCCGUAUACACUCUUUCACGUCUCCAACGCCUGGCGCGCGAUUUUACUGCAAACGCCAUCUUUGUGGACCUGGAUCACGCUAGACUGUCUGGAUGGUGACCUCGAAGAACGGGCGUGGACGUCUAUUCAUAUGUCUGGGUCGCUACCUCUACGAUUCCGCAUCCAACUACGUGGCGGGACUUUGCCAGACAUUGACUGGCUCAACCCUUUCCUUCAUCGCGCGGAUGUGCUUAUUAUGCAUCUUCCGGAAACAAAGAAGAAAACUAUCUCGUAUGAGGUGGUAUUCCGGCGAAUCCGCUCCUUUCUUACAAGAACCGAGUGGAAGCCGGGGUUGCGGGUAGUGUGGAUGCGAGAUGGUGCGGUAGAAGGAGUUAAGCCAGAUGCCUUUUCCCAGAGAAUUGGCUGGUUUAAUCACAGCAGUUUGUCGUCGGGUAGGUUGUUGCGCAACGUUUUUGCCACCCGAAUUGGCAUAGAUUCACAUCAGUGGCAAGACCAGGACACUAUUACAAACCUCAUUUCGGCCACCCAAAACUUGACUGAGAUACGCCUGUACGGUUUGCCAACGAACUUUGAGGAGGUCAAUUCGCAUGAGCCACCAGGGGAGCUUAUUCACCUUUCCUUGCGUUUAUUCCAAAUUGGCACCGGUAGAAUCAAGGCGACGACAGACUCGGGAACCUGCGAACAUACCCUACGAUUCGCAGCCUAUCUGAAGGUGCAAGUUGAACAUCUCACCAUUCAAGAUUCCCUUGAUUGUAUACUCUCAACGAUCAGUCGUAUCGGCUCCUAUAUACAGCCCGAGACUCUGACGCUGUACCCUCAAGACAUCCAAUGGAGGCUCACCUUGACAAUACAUAGCCCCUUGAACAAGCUAUUCAGGCUCAAUGUCGAUCUUGCAGAGUUCGAUCAAGUUAUCUCAGAAGAAGGCUUCCCGUCAAUGGCGGAGGCAAUUUACUCUCUGAUUUUGAACAUCCCCACCAUCCGCAUAUGUCGCCUUAUAUUGGCACCGUGCACAUUCUCGUACGCCCAUUAUCUUCUACCCUUAUAUCAAAAUUUCUCCAGAGAGAUACGAUUCGAAGUGUCCGUGUACGAGACGGACAAAAAGGUUCGUGUCGUGCCUUUGUCAACAAAACAGCCGCUGGUCACUAUGACCACUGUACUCGACAAAUACGAACUAAGGCCCUAUAAUCUCCGUUAUUCUGGACGCUUUUGCACCCGGAGUCUCAUGAUCAAGACAAGAUGGGAGUGUUGUCAAGUCUCGACCACACUCAGCUCGUUUUUGGGGUCACCAGAUGGUAAUUAUGCACACCUGCGAUUCCUGGACACAGGAAGAGUCGGUUUUGCACUCAAAGGAGAAGAAGUGCUUCCCAGGUUACCAUCACUGGCUGUUCUACGCUCUGUGCCGGAGGUGGCGGUGCGCCUCCUUCGUGCAUUUUCUACUCCAGCCCUCCAAGAAUUGACGCUAGUGGAUAACGUAUAUGGUGGAGGCGGGAACGGUCCAGAUCACCGAGCCGUCGCUGACAUAUUGGAGUUGCUGGGUAAAGACUACCGCUAUUUGCGGAGUUUACGAUUUCAGUUCUACCCACAUUGGCUCGACCUAUUCAAAUUCUUAGCUGGUUCACGCUUGUAUGAAAACCGAGCCGAGUACCGCCUUGCCCUUCCAUCCUACCCCUCCCGUCUCAUUCUGACACUGCUCGUCGAUGCGCUAAAGGGGGAGCUAGCAGUCUAUUCUAUCAAAGAUCCCAAGCUGCCUCAGGAGCCCUGCUCUUUCAAUGAAUUCAAGGAGGGUCGACAGGACAAGCGCGGAUGCUGCUACUACUGCUUUUGUAGCCAUCGGAUGGACUGUACGGAAGACUCAAAGGUCACUUGCGCACGCCACUCCAAGGAUGCUCCGAUAGAGAUCACAAAGUAUAGUCUCAUGUAG